CCGUUCACAACGAUUGGGUACUCAUGUAAAAAUGCGCUUUGCGGGGACCCAUACAGAAAAGGGAAUAUGAGGGGAAGAAGAAGGCGGCCAUCUUCGUGAGGUCAUAAGAUUUUGCGAUGCCCAGGCACUGCUCAGCUGCUGGUUGUAAGUCCCGUGACACUAGAGAAACACGGAAAGCUGGUAUUACCUUCCACAGACUGCCAAAGCGCGGUAGCUCACGGCGCACACAAUGGAUCUUAAAUUCCCAGCGCAAGGACCCCCAAGGGAAGGGACAGUGGGACCCCCAGAGUCACUUCAUCUACUUCUGCUCCAAACACUUCACACCAGAGAGCUUUGAGCUGUCUGGAGUCAGUGGUUACCGAAGACUGAAAGAAGAUGCAUUACCUACUGUCUUUGAAACAUUCUCAAGGCAAAAGCGAUGCACUGGUGAUAAAGGGCAACGGACAAGCAAGCAGACACAGACAACCAGACAAGCACGGAGACAGACACGUUCCCUGAAGCAGUCAAGGACUGUGUUAGAGCCUGACAAUCAGCAGGGGACAGAGAGCUCUGCGGGUGCAAGAAAAGCUGCUGGAGGGGUGGACUCUCUCCUGGAAGAUGCAUCUGAGCAAAACAGUGCUGUGAACGAGGCCAGGGGGGCUGGAAUGGGAACAAAGCCUCUUCCAAGCGCUAACUCUCCUUUGCCCUCCUCUUUUUCCCAAUCCUCACCUCACACAUCCCAAGUUCUCCUCCCUCCCUCUGAAAGUGCUCCCUCUUCCUCCCAGAUAGCAGCACCUUUUCCUACAGACCCCCAGUCAGCAUCGUCCCCUCAGCCUCCCUCCCCGUCUCGGUACAUGAAACGACUGCCACCCCCACCGGGGUUUCAUUUGCCCAGAGAGCAUAGCUAUGCCCAGCUCUGUCCCUCGGUGUGGAGGAAGCGCUACGACAGGGCUAUCGAUAGCUUGGAGAAGACCCUGCGCCUACUCAAUGCAGCCAGACGGAGGGAGACACGUCUCAGACACACGCUGCUGCGUCUCCGGGAGGACCGGCUUCGACAAACACUUCUGAACCUCAGAGGGGGAGCGAAAUGGAAAGAGAGUAGAGAUAGGGUGAAACAGAGCCUACACGGUGGUAUCAGAGAGAGAGCAGACAGAGCCGUGAGACAGGGGACGGAUGAGCAAGAAAUGGAGAUAGAGAGGAUGGCAGAGGAGUUGAAUCUCUUUGAUGAUGAAGCAGAAGACUCAGGUGAAUGGGGAGGAUAUCCCCAAUCAUCAUCGACAAGGACAAAAGAGAAGAUGGGCUACUGCUUCUACUGUGGAAGAGGGCAAAAGCAGCUUGGUGACUUGGAGGAAGGAAGUUCAGGAACAUCUGAGAAAGUUAAGGAGGUACUUGAGGAUAAAGAUGGUUCCCAGUGCCGUGAAACAGAUGAGAAAAACCAACACGACCAAGAGAGUAGAGUUACAACCCAGAACACUGGAAGGACUCAGGAAAAGAUUGCAGACACAGGAACUGAGGCCUGUUGUUACUACUACUACUACAGUGGCUGCACAGGGGAGCAAGAGGGAAAUGCAGUCGAAGAUGUGCAGAUAGUCACCAUGGAGCUACCGCAAGGCUGGCAGCUGUCACCGCAGCAGCAGCAAGCGCAGCCAGUGCAACCUCAAGCAGCUACUUUAAAAAGUGUGAGCCAGACUGGUGCACUCCAGGAACUUUGCAGGUUACAGGUACCAUUGCAGCCAGAGAAGCCAAAUCAGAAGUAUCUCACAAGCUCUCUGUCAACAGGUUCACUGCAGGCCGUCUCGCCGUCCCAGGACUUGCAUCUGCUGCAGUCAAUGCGGCUCGAGCUGCAUAAACCACAGGUGCAAAUGCAGCAGGUCGAGCUGGUCCACCAGGGCCUCACCACGCAGCCAAGGGUUUUUGUGAUGGACUCUGAGGGACAGGUGGGAGUUGGGACUGAGGACCAACAGGUGUUUUGGGUACAAGAAGACAGGGACGGGCAUCUGCUGCUGGUCCCAGUACCUGGGGAAGAUGUGAGAAAAAGCACAGCCCAGAAAGAACUCAGGGACGCUGCAGUUCAGCCUCUGCUAGUAUCAGAGGUGGGAUUUCAUAAUGAUAUGACUGAUGGCAGCCUGGAACCCUAUCUGGAGGCCGGUGAUGGAGGGCAAAGGAUCACAGGACAGGCUGGAAAAGAGGGGGGGUGCACAGCAGAGGUUAGGGCUGCUGCCGGAAGCGGGGAUUUGAGGGAAAAGCUGAAGGAGCAUUUAGAAGGCUUCCAGCUCCAACUCAGCAAUGAAUUUAUAAAUUAGCACGUCAGUCACUAAAGUGUUGCACAUAUUGCAGUGUUCACAGUAUUCGAAGAGAAUGUUUGAGGCAGCCAAGAUGUCUAUUGAAAUCAGCCGGCUUAUUUUUCCAUUUAUAUUAUAUUUAUGAUAAUUGUUUACUUGUCUUACUUUGUUUUAAAAUAACAACUCAGCAUCGAUAAAGUUUUUUUAUAACCAUUGAUAUUAAAAUUUCAGUUGCAGAGGAGAUUUAAUGUGCCGAAGUUGUGAAGGAAUUGGACUCAGCUUGGUAUUAAUACGCUUCAUUAGCUAUAGCUAUAUAACAGUUCCAGAUUUAGUACUUGUGGUUCAGUGUCAAUGAUAAAUUCUUAUGAAUGUAGAAGUUACCUGUAAUUUUUGGUAAAAAAGUGUAUGUUGUUUCAAUAUUCUAUUUACUUGUGUGUGUUUGUGGAGGGGCUGGAAUUAUGCUUAUAUCAGAUUUUGUUAGUUAUGCAUACAUCAGAUGAUUAUUCUCCUCCAAAUACAUAAGACGUUUAGUUCAUGGUGAAAUAUAACUUUAAUAUAACAGGAAAUUAUCAUUCUUUACAUACCCCAAUAACAGACUUGUCCACCCAUUGUUGCUUAAACCAGAUUACCACAGAUAGAGUAACAUAGUUCUAUCAGAAUUAGCAGUGAAUAAACUUGCUAUGGCCAGUACAGUAUGGCAAGUACCAAUGGAAUAAAAUUGAGGAUUCUUCUUGC